AAUAGUUCCGUGUCUCAUUCUCUUAUAUCCAAUUAAACUAAUCUAUCUCAUCACUCGUUUUGCAUCAACCAACCAUUUUAUUAGCUUCUCUAAUUCCCUAUGUCUCUUGAUUCAGAACCAAAUCUUUCUUCCAUGGAACCAACUUCUGUCGACACUUCCCUCAACCUUAACGUUAUUCCCUCUUCACACAUACACCUCGCGGGAGAAGUUUUGGUUGAAGAGUUGCAGCGUCUGAACAGUGAGAACAAGAUGCUAACCGAGACGCUGAAGCACGUAUGCGAGAGCUAUGUUGCUUUGCAGAAACAUUUGAGUGAGUUCAACAGACUGAAGAACGCAAAUUUUGAGAGAGAAGAAACAGCAUCGCUGAAAAGAAAGGUGGAGAGUGAGAAUUGCUCGAAUCUGUUUUGCGUGAACGCGCAUACAGAGUGCAGCAGUGAGGAAGAGACAUUCAAAAAGCCUAAGCAAAGUAGCACCACCCCAAAGGUUCAAAAAGUUUUUGUACGGACCGAUGCAUCUGAUACCAGCUUGUAUGUGAGGGACGGAUAUCAGUGGAGAAAAUAUGGUCAAAAAGUGACGAGAGAUAACCCUUCUCCUAGGGCUUACUUCAAGUGUUCCUAUGCUCCAGGGUGCCCAGUGAAGAAGAAGGUGCAGAGAAGCGUGGAGGAUCGAAGAGUGUUGGUAACAACGUACGAGGGAGAACACAACCAUGGGGAAGAACAUCAAACGGAGAUAACGGCGAAUUCAGGGAAAAGUGAAAGUGGGAGUGGUGGUCGAAUUGAAGCGCUAGAAUUGGUCCAGUCAAAAGUUGUUGACAUGAAUGCGCAAAAGUCAUUGAUGCAGCAGUUUUUAGUUCAACAAAUGGCUACUUCUUUGACCAGAGAUCCUAAUUUCACUGCAGCACUUGCUUCUGCCAUCUCUGGAAGAAUUCUAGAUCACACUUCUACGCCAAAACGUUGAAUUAAUUCACGUAUAAAUAUAUAUAUUCCUGUAUUUCAACUAAACAUAUUGCUUUUAAUUUUUUAUUUUUCUUAUUUAUCUA